AGAUAAUCCAUAUGUGUUACCCAAGCGAUUAUUGUGAACGCUAUAAAUAACCGUCCUGGAUUUUAACUGAUUAAGAUACAAAUAUAAAUAUAGCUGAAACGGUAGUAAAAUAGUUUAACAAACAGACUCUGUUAACGCGAAUAUGAUGGAAAAAAGGAUUUCGUUGAUCACGGUACUAAUGUCACUGAUACUGUGCAAGACAUUCGGGCACACUCAAGCCAGACAUAUUGUGUUUAUCGUAGCUGACGAUCUCGGAUGGAAUGACGUUGGUUUCCAUAAUCCAGAUAUGAUAACCCCAAAUAUUGACAAGCUUGCUAGACAAGGAGUAAUACUGAACAGUUCGUACGUUCAACCAGUAUGCUCUCCUUCUCGUCACUCCUGGAUGACUGGAAUUUAUCCAUUCAAAGCCGGUUUACAGCACGGGGCUAUUUUACCACAACAGGCAGUAUGCUCCCCUCUCUCUAUGCAAUUCUUUCCUGAGAGGCUACAAGAACUAGGGUACUCCACACACAUGAUUGGCAAGUGGCACCUGGGAUUUUGCAAUACGGAAUGCACGCCUACAAGACGAGGAUUUGAAUCGUAUUUAGGAUAUUACAAUGGUAUGGAGGACUUUUACAAUAAAACAAUAAUUAAUGGUGUUGAUUACAACGACGGUUUAAAGGCCAUACCGGCAGACGAUAGAUACUCAACUUACGCUUAUGCAGAUAGAGCAAAGGAGAUUAUAGAUAACCACAAUCAAACUAAACAACUGUUCCUUUACCUUCCAUUCCAGUCAGUGCAUAUACCGAUUGAAGUUCCUAAGCGAUUUGAGGAUAUGUACCAACACAUCGCCAAUGAUGACAGAAGAAAGUACUCAGGCAUGGUGUCUGCUAUGGAUGAAGCCAUUGGUAAUGUGACACAAGCUUUAACUGACAAGGGAAUGAUAGACGAUACUUUGUUUAUAUUUACGGCUGACAACGGUGGUUGGCCCGGUCACGGUGGUAACAAUUACCCUUUGAGAGGUGGUAAAAUCACAAUUUUUGAAGGGGGAACGAGGGCUGCAGCAUUUGUCUCUGGGUCUGGAAUCGAGAAGAAAGGGUCCACAUAUGAAGGACUAAUACACGCAGUUGACUGGCACCCAACCAUUCUUUCAGCCGCGGGUAGUUCUAAUGAUGAAACAAUCAACAAUAUUGAUGGUCUUGAUCAAUGGAAAGCGAUUAGCACAGGCGCUGAAUCGGCUAGGAAUGAGUUCGUUUAUAACUUGGAUGACUCAUUGGAUCCAGUAACUGGUCAUGCUGCCAUACGAGUAGGCGACUUUAAGCUGAUAUCCGGAUAUCCGGGACCCUAUCGGGACUGGUACAAACCGGAACAAGAAAUCAAAGGCAGCAUUGGCGUCUCAGCUCAACCAUAUGACUAUUCUGCGAUAGUUUAUGAAGAUCUGAGCAAAUCGAAUGGUAUAUGGUCAGGAGAUGGUUUAUAUAAUUUGAGAGAUGAUCCAACAGAGCAUAAUGACCUCUCUAAACAAUUCCCAGAUGUUGUUAAAAAACUCAGAGCUAAACUAGACGAGUACAGGAAGGCAUAUGUAAAACCAAAUUUUCCAAAAAAUGACGACAAAUCUGAUCCAAAAUAUUACGAUGGUCAUUGGGCACCCGGAUGGUGUUAAAUGUUUGCUUAUGUAUGUUUUAGAACUCUUGAAAAUCUGGCAUAAGUUAUCAGUUUACGUGUUUUAUGUAUCAUUUUGACAAAGAGCAACAUAAACUAUGACAAUUCAACUUUCAGGAAAUAUAUACAUGUAUAUUUUCAGUUGGCUGAAGCUAUUCAUAUAAUUAGAAGUAAAUUCAAAUAAUAUGCUUAUUAUCAUGGUGUAAAAUACAUUGCAUAUUCUAUUGCUCAAUAACAUUAUAUACUGUCUAAAUCGUA